AAGAGCACGGACAGUCAGAGGGUGUCGCCAUUGCCGCCCUGUUUGAGUCCUGUGUAGCUGCAGGGAGGCCAGUGGUGGAUUGUCUUGGGCGGUGGCGCCUUCUGCUACUCUUUAGGCCCUUUAGAAAGGACACCUGCUCACGCCCCAAAGCAGGAAAUGCAUCCAUUGAGUAUAUGCCCACAAGAGGAACUGCCAUACUGUUUCCAUAGUGACUGUACAAGUUUGCCCUCCCACCAGCAAUGGGAGCCAGUGACCUUUGAGGACGUGGCUGUGAACUUCACUCUAGGAGAGUGGGCUUUGUUGGAUUCUUAUCAAAAGGAGCUCUACAGAGAUGUGAUGAAGGAAACCUUUAGCAACCUGAUCUCCAUAGGGAAAACAGAGGAAGAAAAUAUUGGAGAGGACUACCCAAGUAUUAGGAGAAAUCUGAGCACUCAUGUGGUUAAAGGAUUAUAUGAAUCUGAAUGUGGUAUUCAGUAUGGAGAAACCCACCGGCAGAUUCGAGAGCCUGUUGGUAAUGCGGACAGGCCUCCUGGAAUAGCAGUCUGUGACAACAGUGUAUGUGCAAAUGAUGCCAUUGGUCUUUCACAAUCGGAUGUGCAUCGCAGCGAUCCAACUGGAGAGAAACCAUAUGAGUAUCAGGAAGAUAUGGACAAGUCUUUUAAACAUAAGAAAUAUUGGAAAGAAUUUACAUAUUCCGAGUCCUCUCUUACCCUUGAGAAUCCUUCCAGAGAGAAACCCUGUGAAAAUAAACUCUCUAAUGAGCACUGGAGGAGUCCUGCUUCUGCUCAGGAUUCUCAAGCAGCGCGUAGUGGAGAUAACGUCCUUGAAUAUAAGCAGUUUGAAGCCGCUCUCAUGGCGUGUAGUUAUGUUCAGUCUUAUGAAAAACUCCAAACUGGAGAGAAGACAUUUGUGUGUAAGCAGUGUGGCGAAGCCUUCAUUAAUUCUAGUCACCUUAGCAAACAUCAUAAAACUCAUACUAGAGAGAAGACUUUUGCAUGUAAGUACUGUAAAAAAGCUUUCAUCCAUCCCAGGGCCUGUUACAAUCAUGAACGAACUCACACUGGAGACAGACCUUACGUGUGUAAACAGUGUGGGAAAGCAUGUAUUCAUUCUUACCACCUUCUCCAACAUGAAAGGAGUCACACCCGGGAAAAACUUUAUGCAUGUAAGCAGUGUGGGAAAGUGUUUGGACGUUCUUCAUACCUUCGUAAACAUGAGAGAAUUCACACUGGAGAGAAGCCUUAUUUAUGUAAGCAUUGUGGAAAAGCCUUCAGUGAUCCCACAACCCGUAACAACCAUGAAAGGACUCACACUGGAGAGAAACACUACGUUUGCAAGCAGUGUGGGAAAGCCUUCAUCCGUUCUUCUCAGCUUCUGAUCCACGAAAGAACUCACACCGGAGAGAAACCGUACUCGUGUAAACAUUGUGGGAAAGCCUUCACCUAUUCCAGCGCCUGUUACAUCCAUGAAAGGAUUCACACUGGAGAGAAACCCUAUGUUUGUAAGCAGUGUGGGAAAGCCUUUACGUGUUCCACAUACCUUCACAAACACGAAAGAAUUCACACUGGAGAGAAACCUUACUCAUGUAAGCAGUGUGGGAAAGCCUUCAUCCAGCACAGGGCUUGUUACAAUCACGAAAGAAUUCACACCGGAGAGAAACCGUAUGUAUGUGUGCAGUGUGGGCAUGCGUUCACUUUUUCAAAAUCCCUUCAAAUCCACGAAAGAAACCACACUGGAGAGAAGCCAUAUGUGUGUGAACAAUGCGGGAAAGCCUUCACAUGUUCGACAUACCUUCACCAACACGAAAGAAUUCACAAUGAGAAGAAAUCCAGUGGAUAGAAUUUAUACCAGUGUAAAUCAUGUGAGCGCAUUCACAGCCAGCUUGCAAGGAAUAGAGGAGGUAUGGAGAGAAAGCGAGAGGAAUUGAGACCAGGAGCUGUAUAAUUGUUUUCUUACAUAGCAAGCGCACAUAGGAUCCAGUCUGUUGUUGUACCAGGCUUGUUGAUACAUGCCUUUUAUUCCAACAGUAGGGCAGUGGAGGUUUAGAGGAUGGCAACAUUGAGUAAGGUUUGUUUCAGAUAAGAGUCAUUAAAUUUUCUCCUGUAGAUGAUCAUUGUAUAGGCAAGAAACGUGAAGGGCUGGAAGCAAUAUUUGGUAGAAUAUUACUGAAAACCUGAAAUACACUAAAAAAUUAAAUACUGUAAUUUUUGUUCCUUUCUUU